AUGGCCUCGGAAGCUACCGGAGACAAUUCCGUCCCGGAGGUUAUUACCUACCCUUCAUCGUGGGAUAUAUGGAAGAGCCGGAUAAUAGUCCCUUCUUUAUUGGCUGGGAUCGCUGGUGGAGGAGUAGGACUGGUAUCCAGGCACCGGAAAGUUCAUGGCCUUGCCAAGAUUUCUGCUACUUAUGCAACUAAUUUCGCCAUCGUCACCGGUUGUUACUGCGGUGCUCGGGAGUUUGUAAGAAUUAAUCGAACUGGAAAACCUGAUGAUUUGCUCAACUCAGUCAUUGGAGGUUUUGGCAGCGGUGCUAUUCUUGGACGCCUUCAAGGUGGUCCAGUAGCUGCUGCUCGUUAUUCCAUAUUAUUUGCUGUUGUUGGAACUUCAGUCGAUUAUGCUACUAUCAAGCUCAAGCCCAUCCUGAGUGAUUAUUACAAGACCAUGGUUGGGGAGGGUGAUAAGAAACAAGAUUGGUUGAAGUUACCAGAAUGGUCACCAAUUCAAGUUCUUGACGAGGAAGCACUCGCAGCUAAACGCGAGAGGGAAGAACAGCUUUAUAGAAAAGUCCACAAUUUGAACAAGGAAGAAACUUAA